AUGAGUUCGUGUGAUGAGCGGCACAUGGGGGCCGUGCCGGGAGCAGUGGCGAUGCGUGAGGCGGAUAGGUUGGUGGAGGAGGGGCGGGGAGAGGUGGAGUGGAAGGGUACAUGUGGGCGGUGGGAGCGAUUCUCAGGCGAGGCUCUCUGCCGGGCGAUAGCAGGGCGCAACGUGAUGGUGGUGGGGGACUCGCUGAGCCUGCAGCUGGCGCACGCCCUGCGUUACAACGUGCGCGUGGGCGCGGAGGACCCCAAGGAGCGCGUGCGGCGCGGACGCAUCUCGGUGCUGUGCAAAUGGAUGCGGGGCGCGUCGUACUCCCCGUGGCUGUCGCUGCAGCGCUGCUGGACCGCUGUGCUGUGCGGGGAUGUGGGGGGGAGAAGGGAAGGGGAUGGGCAAGGGAGGUCGGGGAUUGAUAUUGGGGAGAGGGUGGGGAUGCGGAGGGGAGGAGCGAGAACAGCAGCAGCAGCAGCAGCAGGAGCGGCAUGGCUCACCAAGCGCGUGCAGGGCUCGUGGGUGGACGAUCUGCGGGGGGAGAACGUGUCGAUUCUGAUUGUCAACCGCGGCGCGCACUUCACUCCGCACGAGUCGUUCGCCUGGGAGGUUUCCGGGCAGCUGGCUUGGCUGAGAGAGCAGUUUCCGGAUCUGCUGAUUGUUGUGCGCGGGACGCCGGCGGGGCAUAGGGAGUGCAUGCGUUACGACCGUCCCUUGGAAAAGAAGGUUGGAAAGGAUAAUUCGAGUGAUAGUGAUAGGCGUGCCAUUAUAAUGGCUGCAGAGGAGGAGUUACGGCCGGUAGAGGCGAAUAAAGACGUGGCCGAAGCGGGAGAAGCCGCAGAGGAGAUGAAAGCGGUCGAUGGGGCGUCGGAGGAUGGGCAGGAGGACGACGGGAGCGAGGAUUUCAACAAACUGAUUCCGGAUUCCGAUUCGUCAGAUUCGGAAGCGAGUGAAGGGGAGGGGGGAAGCGACGAGGAGGAGGAGGAGGAAGAGGGAAGGGGCGAGAAGCGAGAGGGUGCGUCUGGAGCCAGUCUGGCAGCGGCGCAAGCUCAAGCGGAGAGAAAAUCCGCAUUGCAGGCGGCGCGAUUGGCGCGCGAGCAGAAGCGCGCAGAUGCAGCGGCGGAGCGGAAGGAGCGGCGCGCGCUGAAGGACCUGUUGCGGCGGCCGUGGGAGGCGGGGGAAGCCGGCGGGGGAGAUGGCGGAGAGGAUGGGGGGAAAGAGGAGGAGGUGCAGGGGAGUGAUGCUGAGGAAGAGGAGGGGGAGGAGGGGGAGGAGGGGGAGGAGGGGGAGGAGGGUUCAGAAGGCGAGGGGGAUGAUGAGGAAGAGGAGGAGGAAGAUGAGGAAGAGGAAGGAGAGGAGGGAGAAGAGGGAGAGGAGGAAGAUGAAGAGGAAGAGGGCGAGGAGAGCGAAGAGGAAGGGGAGGCAGAAGAAGGGGAGGAGGGGGAGGAGCGAGAGGGGCGGGAGGGCGAUGGCGCGGGUCAUGCGGCGGAGGAGAGCGACUCCUCGGAGGACGAGGUGCGCCCGCUCUCCCCCUCCCACUCUCCCCCCCUCCCACUCUCCCCCCCUCCCACUCUCCCGCCCUCCCACUCUCCCGCCCUCCCACUCUCCCGCCCUCCCACUCUCCCGCCCUCCCACUCUCCCGCUCUCCCACUCUCCCGCCCUCCCGCUCUCCCCCUCCUUCUCCCUCUCCCGCCCCGCCCUCUCUCCCCAACUCCCACUCUCCCGCCCUCCCACUCUCCCGCCCUCCCACUCUCCCGCCCUCCCACUCUCCCGCCCUCACGCUCUCCCGCUCUCCCCCUCCUCCCUCUCCCGCCCUCCCACUCUCCCGCUCUCCCACUCUCCCGCCCUCCCACUCUCCCGCCCUCCCACUCUCCCGCCCUCCCACUCUCCCGCCCUCCCACUCUCCCCCUCUCCCACUCUCCCGCCCUCCCGCUCUCCCCCUCCUUCUCCCUCUCCCGCCCCGCCCUCUCUCCCCAACUCCCACUCUCCCGCCCUCCCACUCUCCCGCCCUCCCACUCUCCCGCCCUCCCACUCUCCCGCCCUCCCACUCUCCCGCCCUCACGCUCUCCCGCUCUCCCCCUCCUCCCUCUCCCGCCCUCCCACUCUCCCGCCCUCCCACACUCCCGCCCUCCCACUCUCCCGCCCUCCCACUCUCCCGCCCUCCCACUCUCCCGCCCUCCCACUCUCCCGCUCUCCCACUCUCCCGCCCUCCCGCUCUCCCCCUCCUUCUCCCUCUCCCGCCCCGCCGUCUCUCCCCAACUCCCACUCUCCCGCCCUCCCACUCUCCCGCCCUCCCACUCUCCCGCCCUCCCACUCUCCCGCCCUCACGCUCUCCCGCUCUCCCCCUCCUCCCUCUCCCGCCCUCCCACUCUCCCGCCCUCCCACUCUCCCGCCCUCCCACUCUCCGCCCCUCCCACUCUCCACCCCUCCCACUCUACCGUUCCUUCUCGUCCCCUAGCCCCUUCUCCUGCCCGCACUCCCAUUCUUCCCCCCUUCACAGGGGCAACACGAUACACUCAAAAGCCUUCACGGGGGCAACACGGUGGGCAAGGCCCCUCUGGGAAGGUACAAGGAGGAGGCGGCACGAUGAGUUGCGAGUCCCUCUCACCCUUUUCCUUUCCCCACCCCCUUUCACCCCCACGGGCCAAUGUCUUCCCCGCCUUGCUCCCCUUCCCCUUCCCCUCCUACCCUCCAGCGCCCAUCGCGCAACACGGUGGGCAAGGUGCCUCUGGAGUGGUACAAGGAGGAGGGGCAUAUUGGCGCCCAUCGCGCAACACAGUGGGCAAGGUGCCUCUAGAGUGGUACAAAGAGGAGGGGCACAUUGGGCAUGACAGGGAGGGGCGUCUUGCACACUCAUACCUUCCCUUCCUCCCCUCCCUGCUUUUCCCCUCCCCCCUCCAGCGCCCAUCGCGCAACACGGUGGGCAAGGUGCCCCUAGAGUGGUACAAGGAGGAGGGGCACAUCGGGUACAACAGGGAGGGCAAGCGCAUUAUGAAGCAAAAGGGGCGCGCCUCUAAGGGGGACAAGCUCGACGAGUUCCUCGCCCACACUGACGACCCUGACGCGUGGAAGGUGGUGUACGACGAGUACAACGAUGAGGAGAUCCGGCUGACAGAGGAGGACAUUGAUAUGAUUCGUAGAAUCAGGGAGGGGCGCACCCCACACGCCCACGUCAACCCCUAUGAACCAUACCUGGACUGGUUCGACUGGGAUGAGAAGUGGGAUCCACUCAAUGCGCAGCCGGAGCCCAAGAGGCGCUUCACCCCCUCCAAGCACGAGGCCAAGCAGAUAGUGCGGCUGGUGCGAGGACUGAGAAAAGGAACGAUCAAGACUUUAGCGCAGAGGGAGAAGGAGCGGAAGCAGAAGGAGAGCGAGGGGCAGCAGCAGGCGGUGUACCUGCUGUGGGGGGACGACCUUAAAGCCAUCACCUCUCAGUCUGACAAGACCAAGAACGUCAACGGACUCAGCUUCGUCGCCGCUCCCAAACCCAAACUGCCAGGCCACGAGGAGUCGUACAACCCGCCAGUGGAGUACAUACCAACGGAGGAGGAGGUGGCGGAGAAGAUGAUGCAGGCGGAGUAUGAAGGCACCUCCGACUCGCUCUUCGUGCCCAAGCAGUACACCUCGCUGCGCUCCGUGCCGGCGUAUCCUCGCUUCAUUCGAGAGCGCUUCGAGCGAUGCCUCGACCUCUACCUGUGCCCGCGUGUCAAGAAGAACCGGAUCAUGAUCGAUCCUGAUGCGCUGCUCCCCAAGCUGCCCAAGAGGAAGGAUCUGCGUCCCUUCCCGCACUCCCUCUCGCUGCGCUACCUGGGCCAUCGAGCCACUGUGCGCUCGCUCUCCCUGCACCCCUCGGGGCAAUGGCUCGCCUCAGGCAGUGAUGACGGCACAGUGAGGGUGUGGGAGGUGGACACCACACGGUGCCGGAGGGUCAUCCAAAUGCCAGCGGCAGUCAAGCACGUGGCGUGGAGCCCUGCUGCCUCCCGCCCCAUCCUCGCCAUCACCUCAGGCACGGAUGUGGUGUUGCUGCCAGGGGAGGGAGGGGCGGAGGAGGAGGAGAGGGCGGUGGAGCAGCUGUUAGAGGCCAAGGACGGGUGGAAGGAAGACGCGGGAGUCGGGGUAGGGGUGACAUGGAGCGCGUACAAGGGGGAGGGAGGCAAGCUCAAGGGUCUACGGCUCAGACACCAGGAG